AUGGAUUCCAAUACUUUGCAGCCAUUGUCAGAUCUGGUUGCAACCCACUCUAUAGGUGCUCCCAUACCUCAGAUAUUAUCAAGCUCAACUGCAACCCACCCUUCAGAUUUCCUCCAGCCACGUUCAACAGUGCUUGCCCAAUCAGGCACACAAUAUGAACAACCCUGCAACCAAUGUUUGCCAAUUCAUCAGCAGACAAAUACAACUUGUAUUGGUACUGCAACACCAAUCUCAGACCAUUUCAGAUCUCUUGAGUUUACACAUGCGUUGGCUUCUUUCCGAACAAGAAUAGAUAACUUGUCACAUCUACAUGUAUGCAUAAUCUGCAAAGAAAAGUAUAUUGGUAUGCAUGUCAAAUUAACUCAACGUGAGGUCAUUUGCUCAAGAUGCUAUAACGAAAAGGGAGUUCUCCAAUUCUCUAUUGCAAACAAUAUGGAUCCUGGCGAACAACCCAUCAUUUUAAAACGGCUUUCACAGGUUGAAGAAAUGCUUAUAGCAAGAAUCGCUCUUGUUUUGCAAGUUAGCCAUGCCAGGGGUGGUCAAUACAAAUAUAUAGGGCACACCAUUAAUUUCCCACAAGACAUUUCAAAAAUAGCAACUACUUUGCCACGCAAAUUCCAACAUUUGGAGAUUGUGAUUAUUCGAAGGACAAAUCUCGAAGGGAAAAAAUAUGAUUGUUAUGUAAACAGGUUCAAUGUUAUGGACACAUUGAGUUACAAAAUUCAACAUGACCAUUACUACAAUGAUGUUAUCAUUGGCGUUGCAACUGCUGAAUUGUUGCCACUGACAACUAUCGAUAUAUCUGAUUUUUUGCAUACCCUCCCAAAUUGCAUUGAUCCUCAGCCUCCUUUGCCAACACAAGACCCACUCUAUAAUGUUGAUGAGGUUGAAUUGCAGCCCACAUCAUCAUUCAUUCCAAAGUUGCCAUGUUCAACCGCUGAACUAGAUGCCAUUAAAAAGAUGUUGCACCUAGAUAACGAUGACCAAAAUGUUGCAACUUGGCCUGAAAUAAGUUUCUCACCCAUUAAUGAGUACAACACUGAAGGCUUGUUCACUAUGGCUUUCCCAACUUUAUUUCCAAACGAAUCUGCACUGCCCCUGCAACCAAGGACAAAACAUAUUCAUUUGCAUGAAUAUGCCUUGCACAUGAUAAGAUAUCACAACCAAAGAUUUGGGCAGCAUGUUAGGUUCAGAUAUUAUCUUUAUAAUCUAAUAAUGAGACAUUGUUCCCAACAAUCAGCUUCAGUUUUCCUGCGCACCAACUUAGAAGACUCCUUCCCAACUAUGUUGCAAGAUUUGUGUGAACAGCUGCAGUCUACACCUUCUGAUCAAUUGCCAAACCAAUUAAUGCAUUUUGCAGCUUCGUUGCGAGGCACUAGAGCUUAUUGGAAUAGAUCACGCAGGGAUCUCACUACAAUGGUACACCAACUAGGAGCACCUACAUUGUUCUUCACAUUAAGUGUAGCUGAUACAAAAUGGCCAGAACUACAUAAAUUAUUUCCAGCCACCCCCUCUUCAGGGCACCAGACCACAAAGAAAACAUUUAUAGAAAACAUUGUCUAG